AUGGCCGACGGGGAUGACAAGAUGGCCCUGAGUCUCCUCUUGCGCAUCGCUGCGCUCUGCCUGUCCGUGGCGGCCGCCGUCGUGAUGGGCACCGCCAGUGAUCAGGUGGUCAUCGUCGACGGCGACCGGCGAUCCUCGAGCUACGCCGUCUCUUACAGCCAGUACAACGCUCUCAAGUGCUUCGUGGCGGCCGCCGCGAUCUCGGCCGCCUGCUCGGCGGCGGCGCUGUACCUGUGCGCCGUGCGCGCUUCCGCCGCGGUCGGCUCGCUGCCGCUGGUGCCCCUCCUCGACGCCGCCGCGCAGGCAUUCCUCUUCUCGGCGGCCGGCGCGGCCUUCGCGGCGCGCGGCGCGGCUGGCCCGAGGUGUAGUAGCAGCGUGUGCGACGCCGCCGGCGCGUUCUGCGGGAAGGUGAGCGUCGCGGCGGCCGCCGGCGUGCUCGCGGCCGUGGCCAUCGCUGUCGCGGCGCUGGCCAGGGACGCGCGCCGCCGCCGCCGCAGCAGCAGCAGCAGCUCGGGAGGGUCGUCGUGCUGA